CCCGGGUAAUGUCGCGGGAACUGCCAGACACUCAAAACAACAAACCAAGGAGGGGGACGUUUCAACAAGUGUUCAGCUUGGAGAGCUGCCAAAGUCGAGUCUUUUAUUUGUCUGGGUUCCCAUUGGCUGAUGGAGUGGACAGUAUUACUAUGACUCACAGACUGACCAAGGAGGAGCUGGAUGAACAGUUUGAGCUGUUCUUGAAGGAGUCUGUUUCAGAUGACUCGGUGGAUUUGUGCAGCUCUGACAAGCAGCCCGGUGCUCAAAGCAGUCAGAAGUCAGCCCAGAAACCAACGGUGUCUUGGUGGCAAGAUGACGAACACAGCGUUGCCGGAACAGGGAGAGUUGUCAGUGCGGAGCCCCUUUAUAAGCCGGUCCCAAAACCUCGCAGCAGUGUUCUGAAUAAACUGGUUCAAUUGGACAAGAACCUCAAAGGCACAGUUUUGAAGGUUUCCCAAACUGCGGAAAGACAAAGAACCCCAUCUGAUGACUCGCGCUCUGACAGUCUGAGCAGUCCCACUCAUGAAAACCUCCAGUGUGUGUCAGGAGAGAGGAGCCCUGAUGAGUCGCACUCUCAUGAUACUCCAACAGCCAGCACUGGUAGUCCUUCCCAGGGGGACGGUGAAGAUGGACUGGCGGGAUCUGGAAAGUCUUUCAGGAAGUCUUUGAGGAAAUCUCUGUCAAUUCGAGAGGAGGAUGAGGAUCCAGGACGCGCUGGCUGGAAGGAAAAAGGGCCUGAAGCAGCUGCUCUCGUCAGAGAAAAUACCGAGAUAGAGGACUCAGUGAUGGUACCAGCGGUGAACACGACCGGUAUUGGCCUGGACACUCUGGAGGAAGAAGAGGAGAAAGCCAGGUUCUUUGCCCAACUAGAAGCAGGUGCUUCAUCAACUAUAGAUUACUCCAACCUGAACAGAGACCUGGACUCAACAAGUUCCACCAUCGGCACUAACCUCAGGAACGCUGAGGAAGCAGUGGAGCAGAGGGAUGAUGAUAAAAAGAAAGCCAAAGUGACUGAGACUGUCAGAGAGUCGCCAGCCUUUACAGGCUCUCCACACUACAGUGAGGAUUUUGAGGAAGAGGAGAAUGGAAAAGACCCAGUGGAGGAGAAAUCUAAAAUGUCUCCAAUUCUAGCCAAAGUGUCUCUCUAUGAUUCCUUGGAUGACACCAGUGGAGAAGAAAAAAGAAAGGACACAGCAGGAUCUCUGGACAGAGGCCAGUUGUAUGUGCAGAGUGGAGGCUCAGAUAUGGAGGCUCUUCAUGAGGCCUACAGACAGAUUCAUGUUGUGGAAGAUUCAGAUGACCAUAAUCACCAUUAUCCAUCUCUGGAAGAGAGGGGGAGGAUCAACAGAGUUGCUUCACCAUCCUCCCCUCCUCAGCAUGCCGGACAGUCUCUUGAGCCUGCUUCUACUAAUCAAUCAGGAGUGGAGACAGGUGCAUGGGAGUCAGGUACCAGCUGCUCAUCAUCUACCACAUCAAGCCUGCCUGUAUAUGUUGUAGACUAA